AUGAGCCCCAGCUCAGGCUGUGGCGCUCAGCCCCAGCUGCACAUUAGCACCACCCAGGGAGCCUUGAAACCACAAGUCAACUGCUUGGAUCGGCAUGUUCAGAAGUCCCCAGAGAGUGUUGCUUUGAUCUGGGAGCGAGAUGAACCCGGAACUGAAGUGAGGAUCACCUACAGGGAACUGUUGGAGACCACGUGCCGCCUGGCCAACACAUUGAAGAGGCAUGGAGUUCGUCGAGGGGACCGUGUGGCCAUCUACAUGCCUGUGUCCCCACAGGUUGUGGCUGCAAUGCUUGCCUGUGCCAGGAUUGGGGCUGUCCACAAUGUCGUCUUUGCUGGCUUCAGUGCACAGUCCUUGGCUGGGAGGAUCAAUGAUGCAAAGUGCAAGGUGGUUAUCACUGUCAACCAAGGACUGAGGGGAGGACGCGUGUUGGAGCUGAAGAAGAUAGUGGAUGAAGCCGUGAAGCACUGCCCAACAGUCCAGCAUGUCCUGGUGGCUCACAGGACGGAAAACAAGGUCCCCAUGGGGAAGCUGGAUGUCCCCCUGGAGGAGGCCAUGGCCAAGGAGGACACUGUGUGUGCCCCAGAGAGUAUGGGCAGCGAGGACAUGCUCUUCCUGCUGUACACGUCCGGGAGCACCGGGAAGCCCAAGGGGCUGGUGCACACCCAGGCGGGCUACCUGCUGUUUGCCGCCCUGACGCACAAGCAUGUGUUUGACUACCGGCCGGGAGACAUCUUCGGCUGCAUGGCCGACAUUGGCUGGAUCACUGGGCACAGCUACGUGUUAUAUGGGCCCCUCUGCAAUGGAGCGACCAGUGUCCUUUUUGAGAGCACUCCAGUUUACCCUGAUCCUGGUCGGUAUUGGGAAGUGGUGCAGAGGUUGAAGAUCAAUCAGUUCUAUGGAGCCCCAACGGCUUUCCGGCUGUUGAUAAAAUAUGGCGACACCUGGGUGAAGAAGUAUGACCGCUCGUCCCUGCGGACUCUGGGGUCAGUGGGAGAACCAAUCAACCGCGAGGCCUGGGAUUGGCUCCAGGAAGUGGUGGGGGACCGCAAAUGCACGCUGGUGGACACCUGGUGGCAGACAGAGACAGGCGGCAUCUGCAUCGCACCACGGCCCUCGGAAGAAGGGGCGGAAAUCCUCCCUGCCAUGGCGAUGAGGCCCUUCUUUGGCAUUAUCCCGGUCCUCAUGGAUGACAAGGGGAACGUUUUGGAGGGCAACAAUGUCUCCGGGGCUCUGUGCCUCUCACAGGCCUGGCCGGGCCUGUCCAGGACCAUCUACGGAAACCACCAGAGGUUCCUAGAGACCUAUUUCAAGGUUUACCCAGGCUACUACUUCACUGGAGACGGAGCUCUCCGAACCGAGGGAGGCCAUUACCAGAUCACGGGGCGGAUGGACGACGUCAUCAACAUCAGCGGCCACAGGCUGGGCACUGCAGAGGUCGAGGAUGCGAUGGCGAGCCACCCUCAAGUGCCCGAGACCGCUGUCAUUGGCUACCCCCACGACAUCAAAGGAGAAGCUGCAUUUGCCUUCAUUGUGUUGAAAGAUAACGUAGGUGACGCGGAUGCAGUGGUGAAUGAGCUCAGGUCCACAGUGGCCACCAAGAUUGCCAAGUACGCUGUGCCUGAUGAGAUUCUGAUAGUGAAACGCCUUCCAAAAACUCGGUCUGGAAAAGUCAUGCGGAGGCUCCUGAGGAAGAUCAUCACGGGCAAAGCUCAGGAUCUGGGGGACACCACCACCCUGGAGGACCCCAACAUCAUCUCGGAAAUACUGAGUGCCUACCAGAAGCACAAAGACAAGAAGGCUGCUCGCCAGUGAUGGGCUGUGACCAAGACCCAGCGCCCAAGCCCCUAACUUGUCCUAGGACAUGGCUGUCAGUUGGCUUGUUUUUAGAUGUCCCAGAGAAGUGCCCUCCCAGCACAUAACCCACACCGCCCCUCGUGGAAAGUCCGUGCUAAAACCCCUUCCCCUUUGUGUUGGAGAACCCAUGCGACGAUUCUAUAAAAUUGGUUAGAGUCUGUU